AUGCAGCUCACCUGGUCACGUUCAUUACCAGUGUUGCUACUGAUCGCGGCAGUGGCACUGGAAACAGUCGCUUCGCGAGAUACCGACUAUGGAGCUAAUAACGGCAGAUAUAGAAUUUUUCGCCAACAUCGUCGCUCAGUGGCUAAAGACGAGGACAUUUUGCCUUCCGGUCGAUUUGUAACACCCGAGUUUUUUAACAGAGUGAAGGGUCAACCGCAAAGCAGUCCAUGUGAAACAUCUGUCGAAACUAUCCCAAUUCAUGUUGAUCUCAAUGAACCUGAUUAUUAUUCUCAUGAUUCGUUUGAUUACCCUACAACUCCAGUUAUAACCGCAACUAGCACUGAGCCAGAAUCUAAAACUACAACUACACCUGCGCCAGCAACAACAACUACGCCCGCACCGGCUCGUAAUCCAGUUUAUAUUGAAUUCCAUGAUGAUUAUGAAUAUGAUGAUGAUGAUUAUGACAGUACCAACGACCUUUACAGUAAUUAUAGUGAUAACGAAGUUGACAACGACGAUGACGAUGACAACGAAAAUUACGAUGAUGAUCGUACAGCGAUCAAUGCUAAACAACGUGGGUUCAGCCAAAGGCAAUUCGGUAACGGUCUAGAAAAUUCGGUUAGUCAGCCAGAGUCUUUCUCAAAGGAACCCGACAAUGCCACGCCAAUUGAUUAUAAUGUCGGCAAAGCAGCACGACAACAAUCACAAACGGAUUAUCAACGACGACGAAAUCGUCAACGACGCCGUCGUUUACAACGUAGGCGCGCAGCUGCCAGAAGGCGUAGACGUAGAAAUCAACGUCGCCGUCCACAAAGCUUACGUCGACGACGUAGACCAAGCCGAAUUCGUCAACAAGUCGUUGUACGAAGGCGCUAUAACAGAAACAGUAGACGUCGAACAACAAGUGCACCAAGUAUACCUCUACCAAACUUUAUUCGAUUACCUACGAAUAAGUGA